ACACCCAGCAGCUCAGGAUUGGACCCUCACUAGGAUGCUACUCCAGCACAAACACCACUAGACGGUCCGACCUGCGGCUGCCAACAUGUUCAGGCGAGGUUAUGGCGGGGUGGAGUUACUGCUGGUGCUGUGUGGCCUGGAUCUCUCUCAGCCCUGCCCUCGCAACUGCAUCUGCUACACCUCACCGAGCACCGUCUCCUGCCAGGCCCACAACUUCCACGCCGUGCCCGAGGGCAUCCCGGCCCAGAGCGAGCGCGUCUUCCUGCAGAACAACAAGAUCCAGCGGCUGCUUCGCGGCCACUUCUCGCCCACCACCACCAUGUUGUGGCUUUACUCCAACAACAUCUCCUACAUACAACCCUCCACCUUCCACGGCUUUGACCGCCUGGAGGAGCUCGAUCUCGGGGACAACCGCCACCUGCAGGCUGUUGCCUCGGACACCUUCCUGGGCCUGGGGAGGCUGCACGCCCUGCACCUGUACCACUGCGGCCUCAUCACCCUGCCUCCAGGCAUCUUCGCCGGCCUCAAUAAUCUCCAGUAUCUCUACCUACAGGACAACCAGCUGGAGUUCCUGGAGGACGAUCUGUUCAUCGAUCUUCUGAACCUCAGUCAUCUCUUCCUGCACGGCAAUAAACUGUGGAGCCUCCGCCAGAACACUUUCCGUGGCCUGGGAGUCUUGGACCGCCUGCUUCUGCACCAGAACCGCAUCCAGUGGGUCGACCGCCAAGCUUUCCAUGACCUGCGGCGCCUCACCACCCUCUACCUGUUCAACAACUCCCUCACCGAGCUCUCCGGAUCCAGCUUGGCUCUCCUGCCGGCGCUGGAGUACCUGCGACUGAACGACAACCCCUGGGAGUGCGACUGCAAGGCGCUGUCGCUGUGGGAUUGGCUGCGUCGCUUCAGAGGCUCCACCUCCACUCUGAUGUGCGGCUCGCCGCCGGAACUGGUGGAGAAGGACCUGAAAACGCUGAAGAAAGAGGAGCUGCCCAGCUGCCCGUCAGCAGAAGGUAACGCGCACGGCGGCGCCGGGGAGACGGAGCACGGAGAGUCUUUGAACCACCUGAACCGGCACCGGAACCACCACACCCACCACCAGCGGCCGUACUUGCCGCACGGGGACCAGUACAGCUUGCCGUCGCCCUCGCCCCUGCCGCGGCCGCCGAAGGGGGGCCGCAGGAACUGUACCCGCCGGGGCCGCAAGGGGAAAGGGGGGCUGAAUGAGGUGCAGGUACUGCAGGAGGGGGGGGAGAAGGACUACGCUCCAGAUGGGGGUAAAUACGAUCCGUCCGGAACUGCGAGGAGGAAGAACAAGUGCAUCCCCAGAACUUCUGUCGGCCCACCGAGUGGGGUCCAGAGAGCCAAUAACGACGCGGGGUCACGCCUCGCAGGUCACACCUGGUGGUUACUCACGGCUCUGCAGCUGUCACUCGUCUCCGGCGUCCUGCGCUGAGACGAGACGCGGACUCUUUUGUGCUGGUGAUCCAGUCGUUUGAUUCAUCGUCCUGAACCACCCGGUCCUGGCUCUUUAAAUGAGGCAUGUGUGCAUCACUGUGUGUGUGUGUGUGUGUGUACGUGACUGUGUAAAAAAAAAAGAAAAAAAAAGAGAGAACAUAAUCAAAUAUCUACUGUCAAAGUAUCCCUGCUGUAUUAAGGCGGGACAUCUUUAUGAGUCAUAAUCAAAACAUGGGAAAACAAUUUAGCCUAUUGCUUUGAUGAUGUCACCGAGGGAAACAUCAGGAACACGUAACAUUUGUCUCUGUGGCAUCGAUUGCUUUACUAAAUCCAUGCUUGUAUAAAAAUACCGGCGCAUAAAAUAACAAGCCAAUGACUCAUUCAAGCGAGAGAAACUCACAACACGGAUCAAAACAGUUCAAGUCUGCGUCUCUGUGUUUAGCCCUAAUGCUCUCUCAGUGCACCCUCCAUCUGUCACUCACGCUGAGAUGAAGACAGUCGUUCAUAACUGUCACGGUGCUCGCUCAACAGCACCUUAAGGUCCACAAGCAAGAUACCGCAGUCACACGUGUCAGUGGGGUGAAUCCCCUUACUGUCAGAGCGGUAAUAACUAGAAUCACUGGAUAUCUAGUGAUAAAGUCAUUUUACUUGCAUGUCUCACAUGGUUAUCCCACUUUGAUGCACAUCUUUACUUUUUUUAUUUUUUAUCACUGACAGUUCGAAAACUAGUCCUGUUAAAAGGUGUCUGUUGUCCUUGUGGAACACAUCUACUUAAAAGCCAUUCAGAAGCAACCUUUCAUUGUAAAGAGCCAACCGGUCACAGUCAGUGUGAAUGAGUGAGUGAAAGUCUGUGUAACUGUUUGUGUUGUACGAGUGUGUCCACUUAAAAAAAUACAAUAACCACAACAAAAUAACACUAAAGCCAUGCGGAUAGAACGACACUAGAUAGGAAUGCCUAAUGAGAGCCAAGAAGGACACACUAUGGAGGUGAGGGAUGGAUUUAUUCACUCCUCAAACUCACUGGCUACAAGACAGAAGCGUCAACGAGCCUGAGAGGCUAGCACAUGAUUUUGUGGCUCACAAAAUGUGCAGAAACUGUUAUGUACUGUCCUUUGAAAUGCUGUGGAGGCUUAUCGAGAAGAGAAAACAUAUAUCCUUCAUGUAUAGAGGAUUCAAUCCAAAUAAUCAAAGGAAGGUUUUAAAUGCUGGAAAAAAGGACCC